AGAGAGAUACUAUAUAUAUAUAUAUAUAUAUAUAGAAAGAAAGAAAAAAGAGGAUAAAUAGAUAGAUCUCUCCGCAUGUGUGGAACUGGUUAAAAGAAAGAAAGAAAAAGAAAAAGAAUAACGAACCUGCGUGUAUACCUUAGCCUAUUAAGCCGUCGGAUGCGCUCGUUCAACGUGUCUCGAACGGUGCACGAUACCUCGUCGCGUUAUCUGCAGUAAAUAUUGCGGCUAACACACGGCCUCUCUGGGUCCGCUGCUGAUUGUUUCUAAUCAUUAUCGCACACGUUCGCGACCUGUGUACGCAUACUAUCGUUAUACUCGCCGUUGUCACCGACUUUUUCGUGAUCAUAAACGUUGCCGCGAUAUCCGUCAUUGUGUCGUUACAUAGUAUAUUAUUGUUAUUAUUCGCGAACGAUUCUUUAUAUCAUCGGUGUAUCGUCGCGCGAUACAGGAUCGGAAAAAAAGAAUCGGAGAUGAUGGUGUGAGACAACAGGCAGUGUCGUAAAGAGUGAGCAGAAAGUUUUGUGCAGUGAAUGUUCGUUAAUAGAUCAGUGUUGCGGCUCUAAAGACUAGACAGAAAAAGGGCAUACGUGUUUAGAGGGGUAUAGAAUGAGACAGAUAAUGUAAGGAAUAGACAGAGUGAAAAAGAGGUAGAAAUAGAAAAUACGAGAGAGAGAGAGAGAAACGUAUAAGUGAAAGAGAGACAACGCACAGAAAAAACGCGCUAUAUGCGUUGAAGCACCCGUGUACGAGUGCCAGCGACGAGACAGCGAAUUGGACGUACGCGAACGCGAGUGUGACAGAAAAAAUAAGAGAGAAAGAGAUAGGAAGAAAGAAAGAUAGAAAGAGAAUCAAAGAUACCACGAGACUUUUUUUAAAAGUACCGAAGAUGCAUUUCCACAGUAGUCUAUUAUCGAUUUUACUUAUCGUCAUUUCUUGUCCUCUGACUGUUCGUACACGAAGAGUUGCUCCCUUAAUCGAGGAGGACUGGGCUAGGAGGCCUCAUCGCGCCGCCGAAUGUACGUUCGGCAAGCAGAUACGGGAACUGGGCUCCACCUGGUUCGCGGAUUUGGGCCCGCCCUUUGGAGUCAUGUACUGCAUCAAAUGCGAAUGCAUUCCGGUGCAAAAGAAACGACGAAUCGUAGCGAGAGUCCAGUGUCGUAACAUCAAGAACGAAUGUCCAGAACUCACGUGCAAAGAUCCAAUUCUUCUUCCAGAUCGAUGCUGUAAAUCUUGUCCGGGAAAUUCCAGUACUGAUAUAGUGCAAGAUGUGCCCGUGCAAUUAACCUCCGAGGAAGAGGAACGAAGUCUAAAACAUUUUGGGACGCUUCUAACGGGUAAAACAUCUCAAGCAUUGCGUCGAGAUGAGCCCAAUCCAACGUCAAUGUACAACAGUGCUUACAACUAUCUUGCAACAGGUCGUUUUACAUUUCAUCGCAAAAAUCUCUAUUAUUCCUUCUAUUUAUCAACAUCGACCCCUCGCCCGCGAAGCAUACAAUUUAUCGAUGGAUCAGGAAGCAUUCUGGAAGAACAAACAAUCGAUCCCAUUGGUGGAGUGUAUCAAAAUGCAACAGGUAAAUUAUGUGGAGUGUGGAGAAGGGUUCCAAGAGAUUAUCGGAAGUUACUUCGCGAUGAACGUUUACACGUGUCCUUUAUUUGGGAGCCAUCGGCCACCUUGACAGGACAAUUAUCUCGUUAUCGUGCCUUAUCCACGGAACAAUAUUCUUCUUUGUUGGAACCGACGAUGGGUGUGGAUCGUUCAUUGAUGUCAGGCGCGGGAGCGACCGCCAUUGUCUCUGCAUCAUCGGCAUCAGCGCCAUCUAUCCACGUAUCCUUGGUAUUUAAUGGUGUUUUUUUGCCUAACGAUGUUUCCGAAGUUCCAUUGAUAGUACAACUAGAACAUAUGGAGAAGGACUACGUGGUUCUACGCGAAGAAAUUGUAGUAAAGAAACCUUCGAACGAAUUAAACUUCGGGGAGGUUCGAAGCGCCUUGUCAGGGACGGAUCUUCGUUUACUGACUCGAGGCAAACUCUCCAUUAGCAUAAUGUCUAAAAGAGAUCCUCAAGCUCUACGAUUGGCCGGCAUAGUAGGUCCACGUACCAAUUGCGAGAUGUAUCAGACUUUGCUACUCUCAGAAACACCUUCGGCCGCUUCUGGUUUGGCGUGGGCAUUUUUGGAUCAUGCUGGUUCAUUGCGUUAUGGCGUUCAGUUAAUAGGAUUGGAAGAGGAGAGUCCUCUGGUAACUUUAGUGGAUGAAGGAGGGAAACGUCGUACCGAGUUGGAAGAUUUGACGCCUUCUCUCGUCGAUGGUCUAGCUAAUGGAUCCUUGGAACGUCCAGGGCCACGAUUCCUCGAGCCUUUGUUCAACGGAGAACUCGCGGUUGUUGCUGCUUCACACGUUGGCUCCAUGUUGCGCGGCCGAUUGUUACAAAGGCCUGUAGCCGAUGCCAGAGAUACCGCUGCACCUUUUCUGCUCAGGAGACUGUUCCAAGAACCUGUACACCCUGGCCCAGUUGGCCUGGUGUGGACAGCUGUGGAUUUAGACUGUUCCUUACAUUAUGAACUUGAAAUCGCUGGCUUCCCUCAAACAUCUGCCAAUAAUCAUGAAUCACGUACGUUCCGACUUUAUUUAGAAACCAUGCCCUUAUUGGCUCAAGGAGCACCUGUAGCUAGAAGAUUAUUGGAAGAAUUUACUGGAUACAUCUUGGAAGGUUCCGUCACUGGUCUCUCACCAGUAGAAUUGUACAGGAUUGAAUCUGGUAUUUGUUUCUUGGAAGUGACCGAUAAACAGGCUGAAAGGAUUCUGAAGGCUCCAUUCAAAGCUAGAGCGCCGCUCAGCUGUCUUCCUCAUUAUGCAGAUAAUGAUGUCGCCUCAGUGGUCGCGUACAAUCUUCAACCACCCCGAUCGGAUAUCGAAACUGGCGCUUGUUUUCAUGAGACUAGAUUCUAUGAAGAAGGUACUCAGUGGACUUCCAGUACAGAUCCGUGCUCCAUGUGUCAUUGUUACCGUGGAUUAGCACAAUGCGACCCAGUACCUUGUCCAGCCCUCAUGUGUGCCCAGAGUAAGCAACUAAAACCUGCUCCUGGUCACUGUUGUCCAAUUUGUUCAGGUCCAGGGAUUAAUAUGAAUGGGACAGGAAAAAAUAUCAGCUCCAUAACAAGAGGUUGCACACUGGCUGGCCAAUUUCAUCUACCAGGAGCAUCAUGGCAUCCUUAUUUACCUCCAGUGGGAUUUGAUACUUGUGCAGUUUGUACAUGUGACCCUAUCACGCUAGAAGUGAAAUGUCCACGAGUACAGUGUCCACCGUUGGAUUGCGAUGAGAAGAUCGCUUUUAGGCCUAGCAAGAAGGCCUGUUGCAGACAAUGUCCAAUAACAAUACCUAGCUCGGCAAACAUGGGAAGUGAUACAACUCGUUUGCCGCGAGAUCAGGCAGCACCAUCCACAAAGCGCACUGCGGAGGAAAUAUUGGCUUCCGGCGGCUGCAAGAAUCCCCUUGGUAGUCCCUAUGAAAAUGGAAUGGAGUGGCAUCCACGAGUUCAUUCACAUGGAGAAAUGAAAUGUGUCAAAUGCAGAUGUAAGAAUGGCGAGGUGAGAUGCGACAGAAAACGAUGUCCACGAGCCCUUUGCAAUACGAUCGCACAUCAAAUGAAACGCGGCGAAUACGUGGCGGAUGGCGACGAUUGUUGCACGGUCCAGUGCCGACGAGCGAGGCGUCAUCAUCGUAACAAUCAUCAUUCAGCCCGGCAUUCCGUGACACCACGUGAACUCAGCUGAGUAGUUUCAACUGUUACGAAGCUUUCUUCGAACAGUGAUCUGGUCUAAGGGAACGCUUCUGGACAUUGUUUCUCUUUAUAAUCGUUAUAUUCAUAUAUGGCUUAAGUAACGCCAUUGUCGUCGUACUUUUAAUUCCAAAAAAACGACUUCAGAGCAAUUAGGAGAAAAUGAUGGGAGUCAAUUGGUAACAAGCAAAAUUCAGAUUCAGAAGGAAAACUUAGAGAGAUUGUUUUUCGAUGCCUGAAGUAUCAAUUAAUAAAUAAAUUCACAAAAUAUAUAAUAUUUAAAAAUAUUAAAUCUUUUCUAGAAUUUUUAACAUGAUGUAUAAAUUAAAAAUUAUUAUUAAAUUAAAAAAAUGAACUAAAAUUAAAUUUACAAUAUAUAAUAACAAAAAAUGAGAUUAAACGAGACCAUUUAAAUGGAGUAUGAAACAUAGAGGCACUUAGAUUAGUAUAUUAAAGUUGAUCGAUUUUGAAUAAAUGAUAUACAAAUUUUUAUAUCAUAGUUUGAUUAUUUGAUAAAAUUAACGUUAAAUAAUCAUGUUGAUAAAGUAUUUUGAAAGAAAAAUGAAGAGUAUAAACGAUGCUGUGCAUCAUCAUAUUUAUCUAACGCUAAGUUAUCGUUAAAGGAAAAGAUUCUUUGGAAAAACAUUUAAUAUUGAAAUACUCUAUUCAGGAACUGUAAAUUGGCGGAAGAUGGUAAUCAACGAAACAAAAAGAUUCAUCUUUGGAAUAAUCAACAGAGGAAGUUACAAUAAUAAUAAUAUCAAUAACAAUAUAUAACAUGAGCACAAAGGAAGGAACGUGGAUCGUUCUCAUCAAGCAUUAUUCUUACUUAUAUUCCUGUCGCUUGCUCGAUUAUUUGCUACAGAGUCCCUUGCAGCACCUACAACCAGACAUUUAUUAAUCAAUUGUCUCUCAUCAACGGAUAAACGGACCGGAAGUCAACUGCUCUCUAUCUUCUAAAGAGUGACCCUUUACAUACAUAUAUACAUGCAUAUAUCAUAUGCGUUUACUUACACAUAAAUAUGUAAACAUAUAUUGUAUGGUACGGUUAUACUGAAAGAAAAAAAAGGACGAGAAGAGAAAAAAGUAACUAAAGAAAGAGGCAAACUUGGAGAGAAUUUAAAAUCGUGACGGUAAAUGCAGAACCCUAUCGUACCCAUCAACCUCACCGAGUUACCCAGCAACCAAAGAAGACU